GAGAAGGCAACCAAAGUGCAGGACAUCAAAAACAACCUGAAAGAGGCGAUUGAAACCAUUGUGGCCGCCAUGAGCAACCUGGUGCCCCCCGUGGAGCUGGCCAACCCCGAGAACCAGUUCAGAGUGGACUACAUCCUGAGUGUGAUGAACGUGCCUGACUUUGACUUCCCUCCCGAAUUCUAUGAGCAUGCCAAGGCUCUGUGGGAGGAUGAAGGAGUGCGUGCCUGCUACGAACGCUCCAACGAGUACCAGCUGAUUGACUGUGCCCAGUACUUCCUGGACAAGAUCGACGUGAUCAAGCAGGCUGACUAUGUGCCGAGCGAUCAGGACCUGCUUCGCUGCCGUGUCCUGACUUCUGGAAUCUUUGAGACCAAGUUCCAGGUGGACAAAGUCAACUUCCACAUGUUUGACGUGGGUGGCCAGCGCGAUGAACGCCGCAAGUGGAUCCAGUGCUUCAACGAUGUGACUGCCAUCAUCUUCGUGGUGGCCAGCAGCAGCUACAACAUGGUCAUCCGGGAGGACAACCAGACCAACCGCCU